AUGUCAUGUAUGAUAUUUGGAACCACCGGCUUGUGUGGUAAGGCGUUCUUGGAAACCGCUGAAAAGUCUAGCUGUUUCUCAGCCAUUACAUCAAUUACGAGACGGCCCAUCAAUUCCACCAGCCAAAAGAUCAAGGAAAUUGUCGAGGAAGACACAGACAAGUAUGUCAAUAUCAUUAACGAUGAAAAACCAUCAAUAGUCUUCUCUGGUUUGGCCACCACGCGUGGUGCAGCAGGCUCAGCAAAGGCGUUUGUGGAUAUUGACCAUGGCAUAAAUUUGAAGAUAGCACAAGCUUCCAAAGACGCUGGUGUCAAUACUUUUAUCAUUGUUUCUUCUGUUGGUGCUUCUGCUCUGUCUCCGUUUCUUUACUUCAAGACAAAGGGCCGCCUUGAGGACGAUAUCAUCGCAUUGAAGUUUCCCAGAACUAUCAUCUUACGUCCAGGCCCUUUAAUUGGUCAAAGAGAAGCAUCAAAAGGUUUUGGUAACGAUCUCAGCUCAGCUGUGUUCAAACACAUUCAUGGUACAUUUUUGGGAAGAAACAUUUUUUACCCGAUAAAGGCGUCGGAGGUCGCUUCUGCUGCAGUCUCGUUGAUUCAGACCCCUCCCCAGGAAUCUUCUGAGCCUCAAGUCAUGAUUGUUGGUGGAAGGGAGCUCCUCGAUGUUGCGCUGUCUCAAAACUAA